AGAUCUUUGCUGCCAGUCACGGCGUUUGCUACAGUCUCCUCCUCCUCCUCUCUCUCCACUUCCCUGGACUUCCGAGUGGCAAUGGACGAGCUUGCGGGAGACAGUGAGCUCAGCGGAGCGGAGGUUAUUGCAGCCGCCCUGAAAGAGCAGGAUGUCCGGUACAUGUUUGGUGUUGUUGGUAUCCCAGUCAUUGAAAUUGCAAUGGCCGCCCAGGCUGCGGGAAUAAAGUACAUUGGAAUGAGAAACGAGCAAGCUGCUUGUUAUGCAGCUUCUGCGGUGGGAUAUCUAACAAGAAGGCCAGGAGUUUGUCUUGCCGUCUCUGGGCCAGGCCUCAUUCAUGCUCUUGGAGGAAUGGCAAAUGCAAACAUGAACUGCUGGCCUGUAAUUGUCCUAGCAGGAUCAUCUGACAAAAAUCAGGAAACAAUGGGUGCUUUUCAGGAGUUUCCACAGGUUGAGGCCUGCAGACUUUACAGCAAAUUCUCAGCUAGACCAAGCAGCUUGGAAGUUGUGCCUGUCAUUAUUGAAAAGGCAGUUAGAAGUAGCAUCUAUGGACGUCCUGGAGCUUGUUAUGUUGAUAUCCCUGGAGAUAUGGUGACUUCAAAAAUCCACACUGCAUCACUGAGAACAGUUCCAUGUUGUUCCAGUCCUCCAUUGGGCACAGCGGAUCCCACAGCAGUCAGGGAGGCAGCUUUGAUCAUAAAAAAUGCCAAGAGGCCCCUUGUCGUUGUUGGAAAAGGUGCAGCCUAUUCUCAUGCUGAGGAAUGUAUUGGGAAGCUUGUUGAUGUCUGUGGGUUGCCAUUUCUGCCCACUCCAAUGGGGAAAGGUGUGGUGCCUGACGACCAUCCACAUUGUGUCUCUGCAGCCAGAUCCAGAGCCUUGUUGAAUGCAGAUGUGAUCCUCCUGCUAGGAGCCAGAUUAAACUGGAUGUUGCAUUUUGGCCUCCCACCACGGUUUCGAUCGGAUGUGAAAAUCAUACAGGUAGAUAUUUGUGCUGAAGAAUUGGGAAAUAAUGUGAUGCCUGUUGCUGCCUUACUUGGUGAUGUGAAAAUUGUUGUACGACAGUUACUAGAUUUCUUCAGGAUUAAUCCAUGGAUUUUCCUGUCCAACUCUGAAUGGUGGUUAUUCCUGAAGGAGAAAAUUAAAGCCAAUGAGGAACUAUCUCAGGCAAUGGCAGCACAUAAAUCUCUGCCCAUGAACUACUACACGGUUUUCCACACCAUUCAACCACUGCUGCCAAAAGAUUGUAUUAUCGUCAGUGAGGGUGCCAACACCAUGGACAUUGGCCGGACCAUGCUACAUAACUAUUUGCCGAGACAUAGAUUGGAUGCUGGCACCUUUGGCACCAUGGGGGUAGGACUGGGUUUUGCCAUCGCUGCAGCAUUGAUUGCCAACGAUCAGACCCCGCAUCAGCGUGUUAUCUGUGUUGAAGGAGACAGUGCGUUUGGAUUUUCUGGGAUGGAAGUGGAGACCAUGUGCAGGUAUAAUCUGCCAAUAGUGAUCAUUGUAGUAAACAAUAAUGGAAUUUACAGUGGACUGGAUGAGGACUCUUGGAAAACGAUGGCAGAAUGCGGGGAGCCUUCAAUUGUGGUUCCUCCCACUACCCUCCUGCCUAAUGCUCAUUAUGAGCAAGUUAUGACUGCGUUUGGGGGCAAAGGUUACUUUGUACAGACACCAGAAGAGCUAAGAAAGGCACUUGUUUCAUGUUUGGCUCAGGAGAAAAUGCCGUCCCUUAUUAAUGUGAUGAUUGAUCCAUCAUCUGGCAGAAAGAAACAAGAUUUUACCUGGCUGACUCUCUCCAAAAUGUGACUGGACUACUUAUAAAGGGAUGUUGCAAAUGUAUCGCAAGCAAAAAAACAGAUUAAAACAGGCUUGCAGCUUUUUUUUGGUGAGGUUCAGCAAAUACAAAGAAUUUCACGAAAUAGUAUAUAUUACAAAUUCUGAAUAUGAAACCUUGAGGACAUUGAAUGCUAAUUUUCUUUAUUGUUUUUAGUUUAGAAUUAAUUUUGUGUUUGGUAAUUGGGGCUUUAUUACUGGGAUAAAAUUAAUUUAAUGGUGCUAUUUUAAAUCUAUGUCUAAAGCAGUCAUGUGAACCAAAUUUUGCAUUCAGUCACAUUGAAUAUGUGCAGGUAUCAAUAAGCAAUAUAUCAAGAAAUAGAGAGAAUACAAUUAUUAAGGUAUGAGUAACUCUAAAUAUCACUCUCACGAACAUGAAUUACAAAUGUUUUACUUUGUUAAUCUCCAAUACAGAAUGAAACAUAAAAUUGUUUCUACUACUUAUGCAAUAUCCUGGGAUAAUUCAGUUGAGAAAUUGUAUUUCAUUGUGGUAAAUAAAAAUAAUUGUAAGGUUUUU